UCAGUUCGGCGCUGUCCUGUGCAGUCGUGAGGACGGGUCGUGUUGAUUUCAGAAGUCAUCAUGGCGCUCACUUCCCCAGUCAAAGAGCACCCAUAUAGUCAUCUAAUCGACACACUGAAAGAUGGCAAGAUCAAGUUCUUCAACCCACAGAAAUUAAAUGAUCCAAGAUAUGACAAGCUGCCUCUGUCCAUCCGCGUCUUACUGGAGGCAACAGUUCGUAACUGUGAUGGCUUUUACACGAAAGAAGAAGACGUCCAGAACCUCUUGGACUGGCAGCAGCAGCAGAGUAAAGCCGAGGUGCCGUUCUCUCCAGCGCGAGUCCUUCUCCAGGACUUCACUGGUAUUCCUGCCAUGGUGGACCUGGCAGCCAUGAGGGAUGCUGUUGCCAAACAUGGCGUGGACCCCAGCCUGGUCAACCCUAAAUGCCCCACAGACCUCAUUGUAGACCACUCAUUACAGAUUGAUUACAGCAAAUGUGCCAUACAGAAUGCUCCAAACCCCGGUGGAGGGGACGGUCCAAACCAGAGCCAGGGUCCUUCUCGUUCCACACCCUCCAGGCCUCCGUCCAGAGGGGGCUCACACUGUGGAGGCCAGCGGGGCACGUGUAGUAAAGCUGCUUGCAAUGACCCUCCGGCCUCCCCGGGUCGACCUCCAGCCUCUGUCCAGCAGAUCGAGAACACGCCUCUCCUCUGCCCUUUCCACCUGAAGCCUGUGUCUGAAACUGAAACAGCUUUGAAAAACCAGGAAAUGGAACUGAUCAGAAACAAAGAGCGGCUUCAGUUCUUCAAGUGGUGUUCUAAAGCUUUCAAGAAUGUGAACGUGGUUCCUCCGGAUGUUGGUGCAGUCCACCAGGUGAAUCUGGAGUAUCUGUCCAGAGUGGUCCAGGUCAGGGAUGGUUUCAUCUACCCUGACAGCGUGGUGGGAACCGACUCCCACACCACGAUGAUCAACGGCCUGGGCAUUCUGGGCUGGGGUGUUGGGGGAAUCGAGUCAGAAGCGGUGAUGCUGGGCCAGCCAGUGUCUCUGACUCUUCCUCAGGUGGUGGGCUGUAAACUGGUGGGCUCCAUCAACCCCCUAACCACCUCCAUAGACGUCGUCCUCGGCAUCACAAAGCACUUGCGGCAGGCUGGGAUCGCUGGAAAGUUUGUAGAGUUUUUUGGACCUGGCGUCUCCCAGCUCUCCGCCCCUGACCGAACCACCAUCGCCAACAUGUGCCCAGAGUACAACGCCACUGUUAGCUUCUUCCCUGUCGACCAAGUCACACUCAAGCACUUUAAAAAGACAAACUUUACCCAGGAGAAACUUGAAUUGCUGGAAUCUUACAUGAAGGCUGUAAAACUUUUCCGAUGCUUUGAAGACCCAUCAGAAGACCCCCAGUAUUCUGAGGUGAUUGAAAUCAACCUGAGCUCCAUGGUGCCCUAUGUGAGCGGACCAAAGAGACCUCAGGACCGAGUGGCAGUCUGCAGCAUGAAAGAAGACUUCCAGAGUUGUCUCGAUGAGAAGGUGGGUUUUAAAGGCUUCCACAUCUCCAAGGAGAAGCAGGACACCCGCAUCCCUUUCCUGCAUGGUGGUCAGGAGUACCAGCUGGCCCACGGCUCUGUGGUCAUCGCUGCCGUUAUCAGCUGCACCAACAACUGCAACCCUUCUGUCAUGCUGACUGCAGGUCUACUGGCCAAAAAGGCCGUGGAGGCGGGGCUUGUUGUCAAGCCUUACAUCCGGACCAGCCUGGCUCCUGGAAGUGGCAUGGUCACUCACUACCUCAGUACCAGUGGAGUCCUGCCUUACUUUAACCAGCUAGGGUUUGAGGUGAUAGGUUAUGGUUGUGCCACCUGUGUAGGAAACACAGCACCGUUACCCGAAGCUGUCGUGGAUGCAAUCAAACAGGGGGACCUGGUGGCCUGCGGUGUGUUAUCUGGCAACAGGCACUUUGAGGGCCGCCUGUGUGACUGCGUGCGUGCCAACUACCUGGCCUCCCCUCCCCUGGUGGUGGCUUAUGCUAUCGCGGGCACUGUGGGAAUUGACUUUGAGAAAGAGCCUUUAGGUGUGACGUCGGAGGGGAAGGAUGUGUAUCUGCGUGAUAUCUGGCCGUCCAGGGAGGAGGUCCAGCAGACGGAGGAGGACACGGUCAUCUCCUCCAUUUUUAAGGAUCUCAGGGGAAGGAUGGAGAAAGGGAACACUUUUUGGAACAACGUUGACUGUCCAGACUCUGUACUUUUCCCCUGGGAUCACAAGUCCACAUAUAUCCGCUCACCGUGUUUUUUCAGCAAGUUGAGUAAAGAGGUUCCUCCUCCUCAGUCGAUAGAGAGCGCUCAUGCCUUACUGUUCCUCGGGGACAAAGUGACCACGGACCACAUCUCACCAGCGGGCAGCAUUGCCAGGGUCAGCGCUGCAGCCAAGUACCUGCUGAGCAAACGCCUGACGCCGCGGGAGUUUAACUCUUACGGCGCUCGCAGAGGGAAUGACGCAGUGAUGACCAGAGGCACAUUCGCCAGCAUCAAGCUCCAAAAUCGAUUCAUCGGCAAAUCAGGCCCCAAGACUUUGCACAUUCCUUCAGGCCAGACACUGGAUGUCUUCGAGGCAGCUGACCGCUAUCAGAGAGACGGCAUUCCUCUCAUCAUCCUGGCAGGCAAAGACUACGGCUCUGGAAACUCCAGGGACUGGGUAGCCAAAGGACCAUACCUGCUGGGGGUACGUGCAGUCAUCGCUGAGAGCUUUGAGAAGUUGCACAAGAACCAGCUGGUGGGAAUGGGCAUCAUGCCGCUCGAGUUCCUGCCCAGCCAGAACGCUGACUCGCUGGAGCUCAGCGGGAAGGAGAGGUUUACCAUCACCCUUCCAGAGAGCCUGAGUCCAAGGCAGCAGCUCACUGUCAAGACCAGCCAAGGAAAGUCCUUCGUCGUCACCGCACUGUUUGACACCGAGAUGGACGUUAUCUUUUUCCAGCACGGAGGGCUUCUUAGAUAUGUUGGUCGGACAUUACUCUGAAAGCGCCUGCAGCCUGGCCCCAAGCCUACUGAGCGUGCACCAGGCUCAUGAACUGCAGCCCUCAUCAUUUCACCGGUUUGUCUUCAGCAUGGAUGAAAAGCGGCACGUUGGAGUGACAUUAAGACAUAAUGGUGGUUUGUCUGUUUAAGCUUGGACGAACGUCUCCAAACUUAUUGGAGUCAUGAGACGACAGUUUUAGCUGCUUCUCCAUCACUACGCGUGGCUGUUUCUUGCUUUUGCAAUGGCCUCGUUUCUCCUCACAUGACCGUCAAAACAAGUGCAGGAGGAAGUGCUGACACGCGCUCCAAUAAAGAGAUUGUACCCUAGUCGACCUUGGAACAUCAGUUUCUAUCUUGAUGAAUCCUGUCUGCUUCUGUUGUCGUUAGAUUGAAAAAAGAAACAAUCCUGCCUGGAAAGGCUAAGAUGGUGCUAGGUACUAUGGCAUGAAUACAUUGUUUUUUAGGGUGCAGCACAGCCUGUUUUCCCAUCGUCCAAGUAAAAUGAAGUUACAGAAUUGAUGUCAGUUGCCCGUAUUUCUAAUUGGGGCCAAACAAUCCUAUGUAAAUUAUAGUUCUGUUAAUAUUUCUUUAAUCAAACUUUUUUGCAAAUAGUACAUUUGCCUCCUAAUACUCAAUUUUUAUUAUGUGGGAAAAAUGUGAAAUUCUUCUUUUUUGCUGUUACUUGUGUCACUAAACUCCCCGCUUUACCAUGGCUCCUACAACUGACAGUCUUCUGCAUUACAUUAAAGGUAAAUUGUGAAAGCUUUUCUGCAUAAAGAAUCCAUUGAUACCAAUGUAGGCAGCAGCAGAGUACCUAUUGGAAAUACAAUUAGUAUUUGUACCCAAUGUAUCAUCAAAGUACAAACAGUUUUUAUGUUGUUAACUGGUGCUGAAGUGAAAGGCAGUUGUUGUGGUGUUGAUGGCUCUAUUUACACUUGUCAUUUUGAUUUAAUGGUUUGUAGGUAUGAUUGAAAACAGCUGAUUGUGUGAGAUCACGCUGCUGAAAUCACCUUAAUGGCUUUUAUUUAUGUAUCAUCUCCAGUGACGUUGAUGAGUCCAGUUCAGUCUCUUUCUGCAGCCUGAGCCCGACGGCCUCCAGCAGUGUUCAACAUCAUUAGCAUAAUUAUUUAUUCAAAGGGGAACUCCACCGAUUUUAGUUUGUUUACAGGUCUUAGAGAAUACCACCGCAUAUGUGAAAAAAGUUAUAUAAAACUUUAUAAAAUGUGAUGUCACUUGAGGCAGCAUCUGUCUGAAAACUACAGGACUGAAAAGUAAAAAAAUCUGUUGGUGUGGAGUUAGAGACACGUGAGAUUACCAGACCUCUGAAGCCCACUCCUCAUCUCUGCUUGACGCUAGCAGCUCAGGCCAACAUUAGCUGCUUCUAGCAUAACACACCCAAAUCUCAAAUUUGCUUUUUUUGUGAGUUUUUGGGGGUUGUGUUGCAUUGUGGGUAAUGAA